GCAACCACAACUACCAAUACAAACCACUGACCAACCAACUAACGCAGAAGAUGGCUGCUCGCAACGCAAAGGUGUUCAUGGACAUUGCCAUUGGCAACAAGCCAGCUGGCCGAUUGGUGAUGAAGCUCUUCAGCAAAGACGUCCCAAAGACUGCCGAGAACUUCCGCGCCCUCUGCACUGGCGAGCGCGGUGUCGGCAAGUCUGGCGUUCCCCUCCACUUCAAGAACUCCACCUUCCACCGCAUCAUCCCCGGCUUCAUGUGCCAGGGCGGUGACUUCACACACGGCACCGGCAUUGGCGGGGAGAGCAUCUAUGGCGCCCGCUUCCCCGACGAGAACUUCAAGUUCAAGCACGACAAGCCAGGCCUCCUGUCCAUGGCCAACGCCGGCCCCAACACCAACGGCUCCCAGUUCUUCAUCACCACCGUCCCCACCCCGCACCUCGACGGACGGCACGUGGUGUUUGGCGAGCUUGUCGAGGGCGUGAACACCCUCCGCUCCAUGGAGUCUGUGGGUUCGAUGCCGCAUGGAGAGACGCAGGCGCCGGUGGUCAUCACGGACUGCGGCGAGAUUGAGGACGUGGAGUAGGGCGUGGCACCGAGGCGCAUGUGGCUGCAUCAUGUGUUGUAAAUGUAACAAUACGUGUAAAUCAACCCACAAAGCAG